AUGUCUGAUACUGAAAGUUAUUAUCAAACUGGUGCUGCUAGUAGUGCAGCUACUACCAGAACUAAUCAAGAUGAUGAAAAUCAUGAUCAAAACUUGCAUGAUCAUAGAAAUCAAUUGACUACUUUUCAAUCUGGUAAUAGAUAUAUUACUACUGAAGAAUCUGCAGUGUCUGAUUCUGAAGAUACUACUCAUCCUAUUAUUCAAACCGAAUAUACUGAAGGUUCAAGAAAAUACUCAAAAGCUUCAAGUUCUCCUCGUGGUGCAUCAAAAUCUGCUACCAGUGGUGUAAUGGGUGGAUUAAGAAAGGAUUAUUAUUUAAAAUCAGAUGAUGAAAAUGAUGAUAAUGAAUUGCCUUCUCCAUCAUCAUCUUCUGCUCCUUUACAACAAGGUAUUUUAUUGAAGGGAAACACUAGUUCCAAUAUUAAUUCAAGUUCUAAAAAGAAAGCAAAGGGAAGAAAGAAUUCUACUAUGGCUGAUAACCUUGAAAGUGACUUAGUAUCUCCUAUGAUAAAGAUCAAAACAAAUGACAGCACUUUUGAUAGAAGAAUGUCAAGAUCAUCUAUUGAUAGUGAAGCAGAUUCUCAUGCAUCUAGAUCUUCUCAGGAAACUGAAGAAGAUGUUUGUUUCCCAAUGUCAAGAGAACAUAUCAGAAUUAAUGGUAUUGAUUUUGAUGAAAUUGAAGAAUUUAUUAAAGAAGAAAGAGAUCAACAAAAUAUAAUUAGAAAUCAACAAUUAUUACAUGCUCAAAGAACUGCCACAAGAUUAUCAAAUGCCAGAUCAACUGGUACAAGUAUUACCAAACCAAGUUCAGCUGCAUUGAAAUAUACUCCUAAAAAUAUUUUAAAGAAAACAAAUACUGUAUUAACUAAAUUCAGAACAAGAAUAGCUGGAAAUAAUGAUGAAAUUGAUGAAAUGGACUCAUUACAGUCACUCCAUUCUGAUUCCCAAUCUCGUUAUGCUCAGAAUACUGAUACUGAUAGCGCAUCAGAACAAGUAAAGUUUGGAGGUACAAGAAUCACUGAUGGAUCAGCCGUUAAUAUUGACAGAUUUGCUUAUUUCUCUUCUGAAUCAGAUGAAACUAUUCAUGCCCCCGAUAUUCCAUCAUUAGUAGGACCAGAUCAGACUGUCCGUAAAUUGUUUAGAAAUGGAGAACCAACUUGGUGGUUAGAUUGUAGUUGCCCAACAGAUGUUGAAAUGAAAGUGUUGGCUAAGGCGUUUGGAAUCCAUCCUUUGACAGCUGAAGAUAUUAGAAUGCAAGAAGCUCGUGAAAAGGUCGAACUAUUCAGAAACUACUAUUUUGUUUGUUUCCAUACUUUUGAAGCAGACAAAGAAUCUGAAGAUUACUUAGAACCAAUCAAUGUUUAUAUGGUUGUGUUUAGAGAAGGGAUCUUAACAUUUCAUUUCUCUCCAAUCACACAUCCAGCCAAUGUUAGAAGAAGAGUUCGUCAAUUGAGAGACUAUGUUGAAGUCACAGCUGAUUGGUUAUGUUAUGCGUUAAUCGAUGACAUUACCGAUUCCUUCGCACCAGUCAUCACAGGCAUUGAGUAUGAAGCUGACGCUAUAGAAGACUCAGUAUUCGUGGCCAGAGAAAUGGACUUUGGUGGUAUGUUAUUAAGGAUUGGAGAAUCUAGAAGAAAAGUCAUGACACUUAUGAGAUUAUUAUCUGGCAAAGCAGAUGUCAUUAAGAUGUUCGCUAAGAGAUGUCAAGAUGAAGCUGCAUUUGUUAAUCAUCAUCAAAUUAACGAAGGUGGAAUUACUGGAAUACGCCAAUCUCAUAAUAAUUUACAUGGAUUAAAUAGUCCCACUCCUCCUAAUUCUAACACACCUGGUGUAAGUUUUGGACCUGCUCCUGGUGCCUCGGCUGCCAAUUUAGAGCCUAUAAAUCAAUGGCAAUUCCAAACACAAGGUAACAGAACACAACCAAGGGCUGAUAUCGCAUUAUAUUUAGGUGAUAUUCAAGAUCAUGUGGUUACCAUGUUCCAAAAUUUAGCAGCAUAUGAAAAGAUUUUCUCAAGAAGUCAUGCAAACUAUUUAGCUCAAUUACAAGUUGAGUCUGUUAAUUCUAACAACAGGGUUACUGAUAUGUUGUCUAAAGUGACCUUGAUUGGUACUAUGUUGGUUCCUUUAAAUGUUAUAACAGGUUUAUUUGGGAUGAAUGUAACUGUUCCUGGUGAGCAAACUGGAAAGCUUGGUUGGUUUUUCGGUAUUGUUGGGGUUAUGUUUGCCGUUGUGAUUGUUUGUUUCUAUUUAGGUAAGAUUUGGUUAGAUAGAAUCUUGGUUGAAGAGACUAGACCAACAGCAAAUAGCUCAAGAAGAUCCAUUAAAAGUUUGGGAUUAAGAAGAAAUAAUGGAGCAAAAUCAAUAAUUAGUUUCCCAAAUAAAUAUGAAUAA